AAUAAUGGAGACAUUAGUUGAAGCAGCUCUCCGAGUCUUGAACACCGCCGACCCCUUCGACAAGGCCCGACUCGGCGACUCGGUCGCCUCCCAAUGGCUCAACGGAACCAUCACUCUCCCUUACAACCCGACCCUCGACCUCCCCAUACCAGACCGCCCCGCCAGGCUCACCAACGUACAGCUCGUGCCGCCGAGUCAGAUGCCUAAGCUCGGCAGGGGCGGCAGCUUGCAGAGCCGGCAGGCCAUAGUCCACAGCCUGGCGCACACCGAGAGCUGGGCCAUCGACUUGUCUUGGGAUAUCAUCGCGAGGUUCGGCAAGCAGGAGGCAAUGCCAGUUGAGUUCUUCACGGAUUUUGUGAAGGUGGCGCAGGACGAAGGGAGGCACUUCACUCUGCUGGCGGCGAGGCUGGAGGAGAUGGGGUCGUUUUACGGCGCGUUGCCGGCUCAUGAUGGGCUAUGGGACUCGGCAACUGCGACAUCGGAGGACCUGCUGGCAAGGCUGGCGGUGGAGCAUUGUGUGCAUGAGGCGAGAGGGCUGGAUGUGCUGCCGACGACGAUAGGGAGGUUUCGGAAUGGGGGUGAUGAGGAGACGGCCGGGCUGCUGGAGAGGGUGGUGUACCCGGAAGAGAUCACGCACUGCGCGGCGGGGGUGAAGUGGUUUAGGUAUGUUUUCCUGAGGUCGGUAGGAAAGGGUGUGGAUGGAAAUGAGGAAGAUGAGGAAGAUGGGGUGGUUGAGAAGUUUCAUGAAGUUGUGAGGAAGCAUUUCAGGGGGCCUUUGAAGCCGCCGUUCAAUGAAGAAGCGAGGAGGGCUGCAGGUUUUGGUCCUCAAUGGUAUGAACCUCUUGCUGUCAAAGAGAGCAAGACUGUUAGUAAUAUUACUGCAACAUUUUGAUUGGAAAAUCAUGACAAAUUGUCAUUAGGAUUCUCCAGAAAUAAUGGAAUGCCCUGUUUUUUGUUCUUGAUUUCGGUUUCUAGAAAGUAAUUGUUGAAGUGAGAAAUUGGGUGUUUGGAUUCUAUGUUUCUAUCAGCAAUUUCAGAAACAUUUGGGUUUAGGGUGAUUGCAUUGUACCUCAAUAUUUUAGUAUGUACCUUUGGUUGCAAUUUGAUUCUAGA